AGCCAGCAGCUUACUGGAAGGGAGUGUGUGGCAUUUUUGCUAGGAAGAAAAAAUAGUACGCGAAAAACAGUACAAUUUUGUGUAAAUUUGCUGAUAAAAGUGUUUAAUUCGUGUGCGCUAAUCACAUUUGCGUCAGGAAUAUGUUGGUUUGCCACAGUGUCAGAAGCGAAUCUGUGCUAGACUAGCCAGUAGUAGGAAGUCAAAUCUAUUGUGUUUUGUGUAAACCUGUAGCAGUCAUUUUUUCUUGAGGCUGUGAAAAAGUCUGCUGCCUAGUUUUAUAAAAGAAAAAUUCGCUGGAAAAAUAAGUGUUUAUUUUGCUUGUGAGCUUUGUGAACUGUAGUUUUGGUGUAGCGAAGCCAUUCAAGCUGGAACCAGCAAAAGAAGCAAGUGUUACAGCCACAGCUCGUAAGCUCGGAUCGGAAGGAACCGUUUCCGCUGAAUCCGAAUCGGGCACAGCAGUAGCAACGGUAACAGUCGCUGAUUCGACAGGAGAAGUAUCCGAUAGCAAAAGAAAGAUGAAUGGUCUCAGCUUCAGUGAACUCUGUUGUCUGUUCUGCUGUCCUCCCUGUCCGGGGAGGAUCGCUUCCAAGCUAGCCUUCCUGCCCCCGGAAGCGAGCUACGAGCUGAAAGCGGACGAUGCAGCCAACAGUAAAUUUACGCUGAAUUUGCUGGAUCGAGCAGACUGGCAGUACGGUGACCGAGAGAAAGAAUGCUUUGAGGCAUUUUUUGCGAGGUCCUCCAGAGGGAACCGAAUAGCCUGCCUAUUCGUUAAGUGCAGUACUAAUGCUAGAUUCACGCUGCUUUUCUCCCAUGGCAACGCAGUUGACCUAGGACAAAUGACGAGCUUCUUUAUCGGGCUGGGACAGCGCAUAAAUUGCAAUAUAUUUAGUUACGAUUAUUCCGGAUACGGUAUGAGUACCGGGAAGCCAACGGAGAAGAAUCUGUAUGCGGACAUCGACGCAGCAUGGCAUGCCCUUCGCACGCGGUAUGGUAUCAGUCCGGAAAAUAUCAUCCUAUACGGCCAGAGUAUAGGAACAGUCCCGACGGUGGAUUUGGCCAGCCGGUACGAGGUGGGCGCCGUCAUUCUACACUCACCGCUGAUGUCCGGAAUGCGGGUAGCCUUCCCAGCUACGAAGCGAACCUGGUUCUUCGAUGCUUUUCCUAGCAUUGACAAGGUUCCUAAAGUGACAUCACCGGUACUGGUAAUACAUGGUACCGAGGAUGAGGUAAUCGAUUUUUCUCAUGGAAUGACCAUCUACGAGAAAUGCCCUCGUGCGGUGGAACCGCUAUGGGUCGAGGGAGCCGGACACAACGAUGUCGAAAUGUACAGCCAGUAUCUCGAGCGACUGAAGCAAUUCGUGUCGGUGGAGCUGGUCAACUGACAAAAACUUAACAAGGGAGUUGGUGGCGGUGGUGGAGGCGGCGGCGGCGGCGGCGGCGGCAGUGACAGCGGUGACAGCAGCCGAAAGAAAACCUGUUCCGAUAAGGAGAAGCAAAGCAAAAAGAAAAACGAAGAAAAUGGGAAAACCGCUCCUGACAUGCCGGAAGACGAUGAGAUUGAUGACGAUUUCGCGACAGACGAUGAAAUUUUGAACGCAUCGAUAACGAUAAGCUCAAACUCAACGAAUGUGUCGACUGGCGAUAAACUUCUCUAGCAUCAGGGGUCGGACGCUGGUAGCGAGUUCAAUCUCGCUUCCUGCGUCCCUGCAACCGCUCCGGUUCCUUCCGCCGCCAUCGAUACACUUCCUUCAACGUUUUCCUACAAUC